AUGUGGUUAUUUCGUAUUUCAUGUACAUUUAUUGUGUUGCUUGCUUUUGUAUUAGCAGUAAUUCCGGAACAAGAUACUUUAUUGGGUUUGGUUCCUGAAAGCUACACAUUUGAUGCUUUGAGGCGUAAGUUUGGCGGGUCAAGAGACCUUAAUCACACUGGUACGAGGAAAUUAUAUCAUUCGCUUUUGCAUGGUAUAAAUGAGUACAUGAAACGUUCCAAAAAUGAAUCAGGGGUCAAAGAACGGGCAUUAUCUUGCAAUUCUCUGAGGUGGACUGCCCGUUUAUAUGCACGUUCAAGAGAUGGUACUUAUGUAUUCCCAAGGGUAACUGACUGGGUGCUUCAGUUGAGAGACAGCUACGUUUAUGGAUUUCGUUAUUUACCCCAUAGCGUCUUAGAUGAUAUUUACCGUUCUUUAAGGGGGGAUUUCUCUUUUAGCUCUACAACUCUCGUUAUUCAACAGAUUAAGGGAUGUCUUUUCCCAUCAGCAGAUAGAGCCGGGUGUCCUUCUUAUAUUUUUCUUCGUCAAAUAAGAGGAAAGAGUGAUGAUGAUGUCUUAUCAUCUUGUGUUAAAACCAAUUCGAAUUAUGACUCUGUUUGA